AUGGGCCUCGAAAACACACUGAAAUCUGUUGGGCCGGAGCUCGCGGCAGCGUUGCCUCAGGGUGAUGGAGCCUGGUUCAAGAAUUCCCAUCUACGGACCCUCAACUACUACAUUUUUUCCAUGAUUAUCCUUGCCUCCGCCAAUGGAUAUGACGGAUCACUGAUGAAUGGGCUCCAGGCUCUUCCUCAGUGGCAGAGCUUCAUGAAUCAUCCUUCUGGUUCCUGGCUCGGAUUUAUCAAUGCUGCUCAGAGUCUUGGGGCAAUGUGCUCCUUGCCGGUCAUUGCGUGGUCUGCCAAUAAAUUCGGACGGAAGAGAACUCUUUUAGUUGGCUACUUCUGGCUUUGUCUAGGGACUGGGCUCCAGGUGGGAGCGCGAAAUACAACUAUGUUUGUUAUUGGACGACUCUCUGUCGGAGGAGUGACAUCCUUCUUUGCAAUGCCCGCCGCCCUUCUUAUCACAGAAACGUCAUAUCCAACACAUCGAGGCAUUGCAACUUCCCUGUAUAAUACAGGCUGGUAUAUCGGGUCGGCAAUUGCAGCAUGGGCUACAUUUGCCUCUCGUAACUACACUGACGGUCAGGCCUCUUGGGCAUGGCGAAUUCCCUCCGUGCUUCAAUUUCUUAUUCCACUCUGUGCCCUCCCGGGAGUUCUCAUGGCUCCCGAGUCCCCCCGUUGGCUGACCGCCGUUGGUCGCACGGAUGAGGCCCGCGCCAUUCUGACCAAAUACCAUGCCGGAGGCGACGCCAACUCUCGCCUAGUAACGUUCGAAAUGGCUGAAAUUUCCAACGCGAUAGAGGCUGAGCGACUGAACGAGACUUCCACUUCAUGGCUGGACUUGAUACGAACAAAGGGAAAUAGACACCGACUCCUGAUUUCGGUUACGAUAGGCAUAUAUAGCCAAUGGAAUGGCGUGGGUAUUGUCUCCUAUUAUCUUGCACCAACGUUGGCCGCCGUCGGAAUCAAAUCAGUGACUCAGCAAACCCUUAUUUCGGGCUUUAUCCAGAUCUGGAACUUGAUAUUUGCCGUUUCGGCAGCAUUUACGGUGGACCGAUUGGGACGGCGACCAUUGUUUCUUAUUUCCUGUAUUGGGAUGUUGACAUGCUAUAUCAUCAUAUCCGGCCUCUCUGGUUCAUUUGAUAAGACCGGGGUUGCAAGCAUAGGCAUUGCAGUCGUGCCAUUCUUCUUUCUCUACUUUGGAUUCUACGAUAUCGCUUUCACGCCACUUCUGUAUGGCUAUACUUGUGAGAUUUGGCCGUACGAGCUUCGUGCGCGUGGUAUAGCUUCAAUGACUUUCUCAACUCAGACGGCUCUUUUUUUCAACAUCUUUGUCAAUCCCAUUGCCCUUGACGCCAUCGGUUGGAAGUACUAUCUUGUUUACGUCGGGAUAUUGAUCAUAGUUACAGUCACAGUAUACUUUUUCUAUCCUGAGACAAAUGGACAUAGUCUGGAGGAGAUGGUCCGUGUCUUCGAUGGCAAUGAUAUUGCGCCUUUUCAGUCGAAGUCGGGGUUGGUGGAAGACGAAAAGCCGGGUGAAGUAUUGCUGGUUGAAAAUGCCUAG